AUGGAGUCAUCCUCCGCUGUCGAAGAACUCUCGUCAUCGUCUUCUUCCUUGUCCUCGUCUUCCUUCUCCUUGAACCCGCCCACAGUCCUGGAUGACCACAGGGAGCAGCUGCCACCGCCACCCGAAGAGCUCGUCGACCCCAUCACCCUCACGCUGCUGGAGUAUGCAGUUGUGGGGCCUUGUGGGCACAGCUACAGCAAGGAGACGAUCACCAAGUGGCUCAGUACCGGUCCGCGCUCCGAGUGCCCGGUGUGCAAGACCGCCAUCACCCAACAGCAGUUGAUCCCCAACUGGGCCCUUCGCAACGCCGUCGAACGGUACGAGCUCGCCCACGGCCUCCAGAAGAAGAAGAAGCAGGAGCAGAAGAAGACAGCUGAACCAGAAGUUGAAAACCCAAUGGAGAGGGUGUGCGUGUGCAUAGACGUCCCAGUCUCGCCCUCGAGCUGCUGCGGCUGGGGCUGCAAGAACUUUGGGCUGUGCGUGGGCGCCACGCGGUGCCUGCGCAGGGUCAAGUACGUGCCGGCCUCCUCGUCUCUGUGCAGCCUCUCCUUCGGCCCCUGGAGCAACUGGUACUCUCGCUCCAUCUGUGGAGCGCUGUUCCCGCUCUUUGUGGUGCUGCUGGUUUUGGCUCUGGUGGUGGACGCCGUCUACCUCAUGACCGUCGUGGGCCUUAUGGGGAUCGGCGCCUGGCUCCUCAUCCUCGUCGUCCUGCCGCUCACGUUCUGCUUUGGUGGUGCGCGGGACUAG